AUGAAUGUAUCAAUAUCUUUAUCAAAACAAUUAGAACCAUGUUAUAUUUUACGUCCUCUUGGAUAUUAUUUAUUAGUUCUUUGGAUUCUUGGUACAAGUUUAAAUGCUUAUGUAUUAUAUGUAUUUAUACGAUAUAAAAAUUUACGACAAUCAUCAACAAAUAUAUUUAUUUGUGGUUUAGUAUUAGUAGAUUUUUUUGGAGCUUUAUUUGAAAUACCAUUACCAACUAUUGCACUUAUUGGAUGCAGAUGGAUUUUUAGUUAUGUUGGUUGUGUAUUCGAAGCUAUUGUAGCUUAUUUUGCUGGUUGUUCAAAUAUGUAUAUGUUAUGUUUAAUUUCAAUUGAUAGAUAUUUUGUUGUAACAAGAUUAUUUUCAACAUCAUUUAUAAAAAUAAAACAUGCUUAUAUAAUUAUUUUAUGUAUUUAUUUAUUAGCUUUAUUUUGGACAUUACUUCCUCUUAUUGGAUGGUCAAGUUAUGAUUAUGAAGGUGUUGGAGCAUCUUGUAGUAUAAAAUGGGAAGAUCGAUCAUUGAAUGUCGUUAGUUAUAAUAUAACAAUUUUUAUAUUUGUUUUUCUAAUACCAGUUAUUAUUAUUAUUAUAACAAAUAUCCGUGCUUUUCAUGUGAUUCGUGAACGUCGACGUCGUAUAAGUAUUAAUUUAGAUGAAUCUCAUUCUCAACGUCAAUAUUUAAUUGAAUGUCGUAUGACAUAUACUGUUAUUUUUAUUAUUAGUGGUUAUCUUCUUGCUUGGACUCCAUAUGCAAUAAUGAGUUUUAUUCGUGCUUUUAUUGAUGGUAAGUAUUUUUCGCCUAUUCUUGGAACAAUACCAGCAUUAUUUGCUAAAACAAGUGUUGUAUGGAAUCCUAUUAUUUAUGUAGUACGUAAUGGAAAUAUUCGUUAUUAUCUUCCAUGUUAUAGAAAUUAUCGUUCAAAAGAAACAAAUAGAACAUCUGAUCGAACACAUUAUUCAAUUUAUCCAUUUUCUACAGUUCAAUUACCAUUAAUACCAACACCAAGUUCUCGUCAAAAUUAA